AUGUUCAGCGGCCGUGGAAUUGUUGAGGUCCUCGCGACCUUGGCUCUAUUAGCUUCACCAUCUCUCUCCAAGCUCGAUCAACCGCUUUCCAGCAAGCAUGCAGGAUCUGGCAAAUCACAGCUGAAUGCACGACGCAGUGAAUUCUCUUGGGAAGGCGUUCUUCCGCAGAAGAACCUCGUCUGGCAAGACUGUUACUCAGGAUUGCAAUGUGCUCGAUUUAUUGUGCCGUUGGACUAUUCUGAACCCCAAGGCAGAGAGGCCGUCAUCGCGUUGGUUCGCAAGCCCGCUCUCGUUGCCGCAGAGUCAGAUUCCUAUCGAGGGUCCGUGCUCUUCAACCCGGGAGGACCUGGUGGAAGUGGCGUGGACUUCAUUAUCCUGGCCGGGGAAAUGCUCGCUACUGUCGUUGGUCCUCAGUUUGACCUUAUAGGGUUCGACCCAAGAGCAGAACAGGACGACGGGUACCUAAGGCAUAUGAACACAGACCAGACUGCACAGGACAUGCUGCGUAUCGUCGAGGCUUAUAGGCAGCAGAAGCUUCAGUAUUGGGGUUUUUCAUAUGGAUCUAUCCUUGGUGCUACCUUUGCCGCCAUGUUCCCCGCGCAGGACAAGAUAGAACGGCUAGUUAUUGAUGGAGUAGUCGAUUCUGAAGAUUAUUAUGCCACACUCUGGACACAGAAUCUAGUCGAUGCAGACAAGACCAUGGAACACUUCUUCACAGGCUGCGCGGACGCGAGCCAACAAGGAUGCGCCUUCUGGGCGCCUUCCGCCGACGAAAUUCGUCAAAAUCUGAGCAAACUGUACGAAUCCGUUCGUGCACGACCAGUUCCCGUAAGGACUGAUACAUCCUAUGGUGUAUUGGACUACAACUUGCUUCGCGUUGCCGUCUUUGUGUCCCUUUAUUUCCCUUAUGACCUCUUUCCAACCCUCGCUCAAGGACUAGCGGAACUUUCCGCCGGGGAUGGUCGACGCCUAUUCGAACUGGUCACCCUUCCUCCCUAUCAGUGCUCUUGUGACGCGGCCCACCUAUUUGACACCGUCCUUGAUGCGUCAAUUGGCAUCGCAUGCAACGACGGAGACGACGUUCCUGGUGAUUUACAGUCUUCGCAGGAGUACUUCAAUAUGAUGGCCAACUCUUCGCAAUGGGGUGACAUUUGGUCCCACAACAGGUUGGAUUCGGGUGGCCUAAAUUCCCUAAGAACCACUUCCAAGGACCUUUUGACGCGAACACGAGUUACCCGAUUCUCUUGGUCGGGAACACUGCAGACCCUGUCACUCCAUUACCAGCGGCAAGGAAAAUGUCCGGCUUCUUCAACGGGUCCGUUGUCCUCACACAAGAUUCGCCAGGGCAUUGCUCGUUCAGCGCUCCUUCCGUUUGCACACAAAAACAUAUCCGAAACUACUUCGUUAACGGCACCUUGCCGGAACCUGGGACGGUUUGCGAGCCUGAUGGCAAGCCUUUCGAUUCUUCGACUGAAGUGA